AUGGAGCGUUGGUGUCAAAUUUCAAUUUCCGAAGAUAGAACGGCGUUUCAACGAGCACAUAUGCAACUUUUAAGAACUGAGUUGUCAAGAAAAGAAGACAGAAAUGAUAACUGGUUUAUUAAGUAUAUUAAGAGUAUCUAAGUAACAGAUACAAGAGUAACUAAUUCUAGCUAAAGAGCUUAGUUUAGAAUCAAUAGCUUCGAGACGCUUGUUUAUGAUGUUGCUUUUAUUUACAGGCUAAUUAAUGGAUGGUUAAUUUGUCCCGAGUUUCAAAAAAAAAUUGAUUUUAAGGCACCUUCUUUAAAUUUAAGGAAUAAUCCUCCCUUUUCUAUUCCUCAUUGCUCUGGCAAAUUAAUUGCUAGUAGUCCGGAGUAUCGACUUUUGAUUAAUG